UGGUCGAGCAGCAGUGGCCACCAGUUUCCUUGAAGUGGUCGCCGUGUUAACACUGAAGACUGAGCCCGUUCAUCGCAUUGCCCUUGUGUUCAGACUGACUAGUGAUAAUUUAGAUUCUUCUUGAGCGGAUUGCGGAUCGUGUGGCCACAAGAGAACUCCAUCAAACUACCUGCCUAGAUUUGGGAAAGUCGUGAAAGGCCAUCAACUACUGAAAAAAUGUUCCUCCUCGCGGCCUUUUGUCUGUCCCUGGCGGCAAUUGGCGCUCAGGCCAGGCCCCUGGAGCCGACGGCCCAGCACAUCGUGAUUGUGACACCGCAGGCGCAGGUUCACCUGGAGCCCACUCUCCGCUAUGUCCACGGACUGUCGCCACUGGCCCGCGUGGCCAGCCCGCACCACCAUGAGGAGACCAUUGUGUAUGUGCCUGCUGGAACUGCUGCCCAGGUGGUGCCGGUGGUGGAUGCCAUAGGAUCUGGCCGUGCCGGCGGUGCUCCGGAGACCAAGCAGUGGGAGAACACGGGCGAGAUUGCCAACCAGAUCCAGCAGGUGUCCCAGCAGGGCGUCGAGAUCGUGAGCGGCCAGGUGAGCGAGGCGGCAGCAUCCGCGGCCUCCGCAGGAGCGGGCUUCUUCCCCUCCCUGUUCCCGCCGAGUGGCUCCAAGAAGGAGGAGCAGUUGCAGGGUUUGAAGACCGAGAAGAUUGAGCUGAUCGAAACGCCGGCCAAUACCCAGCCAUUGAUUGCCGCCGAGGCUAGGCAUUUCUACCGUCUGCCCCAGGUCUAUCACACACCGGUGGUGGAUGUGGUGCAUGGUCCGCUCUACACCUGGCCCAUUUCCGCCAUCCGAGCACGCAGCAUCCAGCAGGAGCCCGAACCGGAACUGGCAUCUGCCGAAGCUGCUCUGAAGCAGACUCUGAAGGCUGAACCACAGGCUGAGAUCAAGCCGGAACCGCAGGCUGAGAUCAAGCCGGAACCACAGGCCUUGUUGAAGGAACAGCCUCUGCUGAAGGAACAGCCCCUGCCGAAGGAACAGCCCCUGCUGAAGGAAGAGUCCCUGCCGAAGGAACAGCCCCUGCUGAAGGAACAGCCUCUGCUGAAGGAACAGCCUUUGGAGCAGGCUGCUCAGGAGCUGAAGCCCACUAUUCCUGAUGCUAGCGAGCAGAAGAACGGCCGUCAGCUGGAGAACUUUGACAUUAAGCAGAACCAGAAAGGUGCCGACAUUGCCAAGGACCCACUGAAGGAACCAACCGCCCAGAUUGAGCAGCAGAAGGAGCUGGUCAAGACCAUUCAGGCUGAGCCGGUGACUAAGGCCAUCCAGCCUGAGCCACAGACCAAGAUUCUUCCCGCCGAGGCUAUCCAGGCUGAGCAGCCGAAGCAGCAGGAGAUCAUCGCCGAUGCCAUUGUGCCGCAGGCCUAAAGCCUAGGCUGGAACCAGAACUCAUCUUUGAAUCUCAUUCAUCCCUUGGGCAGCUUUGGUUCUACGACUGAUUCUCAUAGCUGGCCCGGCGCAAGACGACCGGGUCAUGGGGUUUCCCCUCAUCCAUCAUCCAUCAUACGCCAUCCACCCACCAAUCGUACAUUUAAUUACUAACAUAGAACACACGCAUCCGCCACAUUUUCCAUUUUCCAGACAUUAAUUAACAACAGCGAAACGAGAAAGAGACAUUCAUUCAUAAUUAUCAUCACGAAGCGUUCGUAUUCAUCAUCAUCAUUACAUAUUCAUUAACCAUAACAUUGAAAACGUAAAACAGAACAAUAAAAAAAAGUGAAUGUAAAAUGUAGAAUUCCGGGAACUAUGACAUUUGGUUGGGAUAUGUGAGAAAACAUUACGACUGUAAUGAAAGCAAAUGUUGGAAUUUGAUUCUUUCUUCUCAUACCAAUACUAAUUAAUUUAUUUAUUCAAGUACCUACUGUUAAGGCAUUUAUUUUAGCCAUGGAUUACGCAAUGACAGUGACCCCCAAAAAUUCGCCGAAAUUCGUAAAGCUUCAUGCGCAGGCCAGGAAAUCCCCAGCAACGUACAAAUAUUGCAACUAUUGGGCAAAUAAAAUCAUAAACGCUGCAUACAAAGUAACGCCGAACGUGCGCUGAUAUUUGCGAAUGGGGGAUGUAUAUUUUCGAAAAAUAUUUUGAGGGCGGCACUUUUGUUGUCUUACAUAGCUAGG